GGGAUCCAGGCAUGAACUGUCCGCGUUUAUUGAGCGCCUGCUGUAUGCUGGGAUCUAGUGCGCUGGGCACGGUGAUGGGGCCGUGGGAAAGGCCUCUGCCGCAGAUAUGGAGAAACUCAGGCUGCGCAGCCCCUGGGUGCCCUCGUGCCUCGGGCAGCCCCGCGUCCUGCAGGGCCGACUGGCCAGGUCCUCGCCCUCGCUCUGGGACAGCGCGCUGCAGGAGCAGAAGGGCGAGCUGCGCAAGCGGCUGUCCUACACCACGCACAAGCUCGAGAAGCUCGAGACCGAGUUCGACUCCACGCGCCACUACCUGGAGAUCGAGCUGCGGCGCGCCCAGGAGGAACUGGAGAAGGUCACGGAGAAGUUGCGCAGGAUCCAGAGCAACUACAUGGCGCUGCAGAGGAUCAACCAGGAGCUGGAGGACAAGCUGUACCGCAUGGGCCAGCACUACGAGGAGGAGAAGCGCGCGCUGAGCCACGAGAUUGUCGCCCUCAACAGCCACCUGCUGGAGGCCAAGGUGACCAUCGACAAGCUGUCAGAGGACAACGAGCUCUAUAGGAAGGACUGCAAUCUAGCGGCCCAGCUGCUGCAGUGCAGCCAGACCUACGGCAGGGGCCACAAGGUGUCCGAGCUGCCCUCGGACUUCCAGGAGCGCGUGAGCCUGCACCUGGAGCAGCACGGCUGCAGCCUGCCCUCGCCGCUCUGCCGCCCGGCCUACGCCGACAGCGUGCCCGCCUGCGUCAUCGCCAAGGUGCUGGAGAAGCCGGAUCCCGCCAGCCUGUCCUCCCGCCUGUCGGACGCCUCCGCCCGCGACCUGGCCUUCCGCGACCGGGCGGAGCAGCAGAGCCUCAGGCCCCCCUACAAGGCGGACGCCUACUGCAGCGACACCGCCCUCUACUGCCCCGAGGAGCCGCCGCGCGACCGGCGGCCCAGCGCGGACGCCUCCGUGACCGACGUGGGCUUCCUGCGGGCCCAGAACUCCACCGACAGCGCCGCCGAGGAGGAGGAGGAGGCCGAGGCGGCGGCUUUCCCGGCGGCCUUCGGGCGCGAGGGCUUCCCGAGCUACGCGGGCUCGCUGCCCACGUCCAGCUCCUACUCGAGCUUCAGCGCCACGUCGGAGGAGAAGGAGCAGGGCCAGGCCGGCGCGCUGGCCGCCUCCCAGCAGGCGCUCUACCUGAACAGCCGCGAGCCGCGGCUGCCGCGCCCGCCGCCCGCCGCCGCCGCCGCCUACCCGGGCAGCCUGCGCUUCUCUAAGGCCGCGGCCGCGGCGGCGGCCCCGCUGGAGGCCGAGGUGGCCCCGGGGUUCGCGCGGACCUUGUCCCCCUACUCGGCCGAGCCCUACCGCUACCCGGCCUCCCCGGGCCCCCAGCAGGCCCUGGUGCCCCCAAACCUGUGGAGCCUGCGGGCCAAGCCAGGGUCGGCCCGGCUGCCCAGGGAGGACGCGCGGGGCCAGUGGCGGCCCCUGAGCGUGGAGGACAUCGGCGCCUACUCCUUCCCGGUGGCCGCCCGGCGGGCCUCCCCCGGCAGCUUUCCCGAACGCUACUACGGCGGGGGCGGCCCGGGCCAGAAGGCCGAGGGCCGGGCCAGCCCUCUCUACGCCAGCUACAAGGCCGACAGCUUCUCGGAGGGCGACGACCUCUCCCAGGGCCCCCUGGCCGAGCCCUGCUUCCUGCGGGCUGGUGGCCCCGCCAGCCCGAGGCCCAGCUACUCGGCCAGCGAGGGCGACGGGGAGAGGCUCGGGGGGCACCUGUGCGGGGUGGCCGACAGCCCCGAGCCCGAGCACAGCCUGCACAGCUCCAGGGACUCCCUGGAGCCCAGCUCUAUGGAGGCGUCCCCCGAGAUGCGCCCCGCCGCCCGCCUGAGCCCCCAGCCGGCCUUCCCGCGGACCGGGGGCUCGGGGCUGAGCCGCAAGGACAGCCUCACGAAGGCCCAGCUCUACGGGACCUUGCUCAACUGAGCGCCUCCCUGCGGGCCCAGGCCGCGGGGCGCCGGGCCACCCGCCCCGCACCCCGGGGGGCCUGCCCACCUGUCCCCAGACGCCCACCUGUCUCCUGGGCCCUGCCGCAAGAGCCCCUCCCUCCCACCUAACCCCGUGCAGCCCGACAAGAGGACCCCCGCCACCCGUGUGCCCCCCCACCCCACGACGGAGCUCGCCGAGAAUGUUCCUCACACGCCGACAUCUCUCCCCACCCGAGAUGAGCGUUCCCCCCCUUUUAUAAAGCGAAACUAUUUUUCUAGAGAAAAAGGGUCUUUCUUAACGCACUUGGCCUCCAGCUCCCUGGACGGCAGCCUUGGCGUUUCCAACACAAAGCUCCUUUCUUUCCCGGGUGAGAGCCAGCGGGGCCUGGCCCCUGGAGGGGAGGAGGGCGCCUCGCGGAGACGCCCAGCGCGCCGGUGACAAGGGGACCCCGGAGCUCUCUGCACAAGGAGGGGGACUGGACGGGUGCAGGGACGUGAGACGUUCUCGGCUGUUUCCGCGUGGCCGGCGCAGCGCCCCCAGCU